AGAGCAGGGCUGUCUCUAACGUCUAUAAAAGAGCGUAUUACUGCCACUGUGAGUAGCAUUAGUUCUAGCACGCGGUACCAAGCUCACGAAAGAGAGAGCAGGAGACCGAAGAGACAGAGUUGAAACCAAGCUCAAUUUUGUUUUCUUAAUUUACUCAUUGGCUGUGGUUUUCCCUGGACACUGGACAUUUGGCCUGACUUUUCAAGUGAAGGAUUAUCAUUUUCCUGAAAGAGGAAGAGCUGAAGAGAUUUUUAUACUUCAGCAGUGGUAUUGAGAGCUUUAGGUUUUUAAAAAGAAGAAACCCAUUCAAUGGCUGCUGUGCGUCCGAGGCCCAUGGAAGCCUCUGGCUGCCACCUCCUGCCGGCCCACCUCCUGGCCUCGGCCAACGAGGAGUUCCCCCAGCAGCUGCCGGUCCCCAAGGGCCCCGCCAGGUGCAAGAGCCGCUCCCGCCGGCCCCGGGAGGCCCGCUUCAAGACGCAGCCCGUCACGUUCGCGGAGAUAGCGGAGGUGGAGGAGGAGGGCUCCUCGCCCCUGGAAGAGGAGAGGGCUCGCCGCUCCUUCCUGCAGUCUUUGGAGAACCUGAGACGGAGCACCCAAACUCUGCACUGUCCGCCAGCCAGCUGCCACCACCACCACCACCACCACCACCACCACAGCACCACCACCACCAGCACGUCCCCACAGGGCAGCCUGGACUCCAGUGACUCAGACUCCGCUCAGUGAUUGGACAGCUGAGGGGUGAAGGACAUUCCACUACUGGUGGUCCCCCUUGCUGUACCUGACAACGCUUCAGAUAGAGGCCAGCUGAACCCAACAGGACUGUUGUGUCCAAGUGUAGCUGCAGCAGUCUUUGUUAAAAGUGGAAGUGUGCUUAUGCGGCUAGAUUAGUGCUAACACAUUGAUGUAUGUCUCUUAAUGCUGCAGAAUCGUAAACUGAACCAGCUCCGCUGGUUUGGCUAUGCUGAGACUGCUGUAAACGUAUGCUAAGUUUCAAUUAGCACGGCGACAUGAUGCUUGAAAACUCUUCUAAUAUAUUCCUAUUUUUCUACUGUGGAUCACUGCAAAAUGUAUACAGAUGGGGCAAGUGGUAUGGAUUGUGUUUCUCAAAAGUAAACAUUGUUUUCUUUCUCUGAAGCAUAUAUUCUCAGUGACUGCUCAUCCCAAUAUUAAGCUCUGCCAAGCACUCAAUUCAAACUGUUUCACAAAAGGCCAAGUUACUGUAACAACCAAUUAAGCCAAAGGAGGCAACACCUUCACAACACAGUAACUUUAAAUGACCUACGCGUUCGCAUGCAUAGCCUAAAAACAACGACAGCUAUAGGCAGGGGCGGAUCUAGCCAUUUUGGGGCCCUAGGCAAAAUAUAGACAUGGGGCCCUCAUUUUUGAAACACGUACACAAAACAAAUAACCAUCCCAAUACUCUUAGAAUCGCAAUAAACCCAUAGUGCACUGCCACUCAACUCUCCACAGUAAAAUCAGUUUCAGAUAUAUAUUUUUUUUUUUCAUUUUUUUUUUUUUUUUUUUUUGGUUGGGGCCCUAGGCACUUGCCUAGGUUUGCCUAAUGGAAGAUCCGCCACUGGCUAUAGGCAAACGUGAGGCAUGUAAAAAUAGACAGGUUCCACAAACAAAGCGGCAAUCCGCUACAAGUUAACACACUGGCAUAGCGAACGCGAACAGCAGCAAACUUGCCAGAUCCGCAAGCAUGACCAAAAAUACUCCCAUGCAUCCAGGUGAAACUAUUGGUUUCCGCCGUUAAUUCCCAAUGGAAAGGUGUCAGCUGGUGUCCUGAUUACCUACCCAAAGAAGCUAACUGUCCUAGCUAGCUCUUCUGAGACGUGCCGGCCUUGGGGCGACUGGCUACAGUGCUGAACUCGAUACAGUAUGUUGGUAAACUGUACGAACACAGUACAUUACUUACUUCUACUAAAAUGGAGCUAUUUAUGUCUUUCUUCUGCCUCUAUUUAUAAGCAAACGCCUUCUCAAAACAUAAUUAUUUUCAAAUGUUUAUUGUGGAACCAUUUGAUUGUUCUUUUAUUAUAAUUCCCAAUUUCAAACAUAGCCUUCACACUUUUCACUUACAUUAUUCAUAUAUUUUUAUUAAGUGGCAAUGUCAUAGUUUGUAUCUUAUAAUAAACAAUUAAAAGUA